GUUCCUAGGGGUGCACAUCCGGGUCGCGCUAACGCCGCGGUUUCCGCCACUCUGUGGGUUCCCGAGUGGGUCCGCAGCGGUCCCAUGUUGUGCUGUGGGGCGUCUGCAGCCUUCGGUGUGUGAAGACCGCAGAGACCUGCAAUCCAGUCACGUAAGUGUGUAAAGAGAUAGUGGUCCUCAUGGAAGAAGAGCAAGACCUACCAGAGCAACCGGUGAAGAAAGCCAAGAUGCAGGAACCAGGAGAACAAACUUUAAGUCAAGUAAACAACCCGGAUGUCAGUGAUCAGAAGCCUGAGACAUCCAGCCUUGCGUCAAAUCUUAGCAUGUCAGAGGAGAUUAUGACAUGCACCGAUUACAUCCCUCGCUCAUCCAAUGAUUAUACCUCACAAAUGUAUUCUGCAAAACCUUAUGCACAUAUCCUCUCAGUUCCUGUUUCGGAAACCGCUUACCCUGGGCAGAGUCAGUACCAGACACUGCAGCAGUCUCAACCCUACGCUGUCUAUCCUCAGGCAACCCAAACGUACGGACUACCUCCUUUUGGUGCACUGUGGCCAGGUAUGAAACCUGAAAGUGGUUUAAUUCAGACUCCAUCUCCAAGUCAACACAGUGUUCUUACCUGCACUACAGGGUUAACCACAAGCCAGCCAAGCCCAGCACAUUAUUCUUACCCCAUUCAAGCUUCAAGCACAAAUGCCAGCCUGAUAUCCUCGUCAUCCGCAAUUGCCAAUAUUCCAGCAGCAGCUGUGGCCAGCAUCUCAAACCAGGACUACCCCACCUAUACUAUUCUUGGACAGAGUCAGUACCAGUCCUGCUACCCCAGCUCCAGCUUUGGAGUCGCAGGCCAGACUAACAGUGAUGCUGAGAAUACUGCAUUAGCAGCUACCACAUACCAGACGGAGAAGCCCAGUGCUAUGGCACCUGCACCAGCCACACAGAGACUUCCCUCUGACUCAGCUACAAGCCCAUCUUUGUCCCAGACUACACCAAGUAAAGAGACCGAUGAUCAGUCCAGGAAGAAUAUGACUGUCAAGAACCGGGGCAAGAGGAAAGCUGAUGCCGGUUCCUCCCAGGACAGCGAAUUAGAGCGGGUAUUUCUCUGGGACUUGGAUGAAACCAUCAUCAUAUUUCAUUCCCUUCUUACUGGAUCCUAUGCUCAGAAGUAUGGAAAGGACCCAACAGUAGUAAUUGGCUCAGGGUUAACAAUGGAAGAAAUGAUUUUUGAAGUGGCUGAUACACAUCUAUUUUUCAAUGACUUAGAGGAGUGUGACCAGGUGCAUGUGGAAGAUGUGGCUUCUGAUGACAAUGGCCAGGAUUUGAGCAACUAUAGUUUCUCAACAGAUGGUUUCAGUGGUUCAGGAGGCAGUGGUGGCCACGGUUCAUCGGUGGGCGUUCAGGGAGGUGUAGACUGGAUGAGGAAGCUGGCCUUCCGCUAUCGAAAAGUGAGAGAAAUCUAUGACAAGCAUAAAAGCAACGUGGGUGGCCUCCUCAGCCCCCAGAGGAAGGAAGCCUUGCAGAGACUACGAGCCGAGAUCGAGGUGCUCACGGACUCCUGGUUAGGAACUGCGCUCAAGUCCCUGCUCCUCAUCCAGUCUCGAAAGAAUUGUGUGAAUGUUCUGAUCACCACCACCCAGCUGGUUCCGGCCCUGGCCAAAGUUCUCCUAUAUGGCCUAGGAGAAAUAUUUCCUAUUGAAAACAUCUACAGUGCUACCAAAAUCGGUAAGGAGAGCUGCUUCGAGAGAAUUGUGUCAAGGUUUGGAAAGAAAGUCACAUAUGUAGUGAUUGGAGAUGGACGAGAUGAAGAAAUUGCAGCCAAGCAGCACAACAUGCCCUUCUGGAGGAUCACAAACCAUGGAGACCUGGUGUCCCUGCACCAGGCUUUAGAGCUUGACUUCCUCUAAGAACUGGAACAUGGAGCUUUCCUUCCUUGUGAGCUUCUUUUUACCUCCGACAGGAGUCAGAGGCCAGAACCCUCUGAGACCCUUCUCUCCUGUCUGUCUGUCUGUCUGUCUCUCUGUGUCUCAGCGCCCCCCUUCUCCUGUGCUCUUUCUCUCUCUCCGUGGAAUGCUGGCGAGAACACAAUCAGUUUUUGCUAAGAGUGAGCGAAGCCCGUCCAGAGUGCAGCAGGAGCGGCUGGAAAGAACAGCAGACUCCCCCGCUACCCUGCUGGAAUUCUUCGUGUCAUUUCAAAAAGGAAGAACGAGAAAAGGCAACGCGUGGGGCACAGUUGCACUCUUGGUGCAUGGACAGACCGGGAGCUGCUCCUGAUCAUGCUGACGGAAAAUGCGUUUGUCCCACGAGAACAUCUCCUGUAAUCUUAGCUGUAGAACUUCUCUCCCAGUGAAUGGGUAUGUUAUUUUUGUAGGUGAGGGUCUGGUCUCUGAAGCACCCCUCCUUUUCUAUGAAGAAAGCGGUGUGUAAAGUUUCUGUGACAGUAGUAAUGGAAAUAUCUGAAAUACCUCUCUGUGACAGCAGCACCUCUUUAGUGGCCCCAGCACUCUGCUCUCCCAGGAGGCCCCUUGCUGUUUCAGGGCCCUGGUCACUUACUGACUUAGGCGUCUCCCAUCUUGUAAGCCUCAGUCUCCUUGCCAGUCCUCCUUCCUCUGUAACCAGAAGUCACAGCCCUGGAACCUUCUUCCCACAGACAGUACAUCUAAGCCUUUAGCUUACAAUUUAGAGGCUCUGUCCCAGGAGGCUCAGCCUCCAAACUGGAGAGAAGGGACUCGGGCUUCUUAGGAAUUCAUCCUUGGCCCUGAGGUAAGAUUCUACCUAGUGCCCCUGCAGAGCAGCACCCGUUCUCGGCAGAUGCUCGCUCUGCUGUGUGGCCAGCUCAGUCAUCGGAUGCUGGCUCCACACUCCCUGCCCUCUGUUUCUCAAAUCCACCUCUCUCUGUGCAGCUCUGGCCAGCCCCUGCCCACUCAAUUCAAGUCAGAAAGUCCUAAGAGCUAAAAAGUCUGCUUCCUUUACCUGCACUUUUACAUGCAGUUAUAUCCCAACUUGUAUUUACCCAGAUCUGUGCCUGGGAGUGGAGAGCAGAUAGCUAUAAUCAAAACCCAAUUUCCCAGCUCAAGUGGGAAAUCAGGCCAGAACGACUCUCUAGACUUAAAUGCCUGAAAAUAUAGUCCCUGAGCUAGGUGCAAGAGCACCUCUCAGCCUGCCCCCUAGAUGGUUUGGAUGGGAACCUGGGCCUAGUCCCAGCCUUCAAGCCCAGCUGGUUUUUGUAUUUUUGUUUUUUUUGCUUAAAGGCACUAUCCCUUGAGGACCAAUGUGGGUACCUGCUUAAUUGGGGUAAACUUCCCUAGAGUUGAGGAAAUGUACAGCCUUGGUCCUCAAGAGGUCCUUGACCAACCCCUGGCUACAGUCAAUGUCCCCAGAGAUGCUGUAGCACAGAGGCCAGGCUCCUGUUAAUGCCAGGCUACUGGACAGCAACAGAAGAGCUGGCAUACCAUCUGCAGAACUGUUAGCCAAUGCUCCUGAGACCAGCAGUGGAGGAGGGGCUCAGACUGGAGGUGGGGUUGGUGCUCCAUCUUGGCCACUCAUUUGGCUUGUUUUGAGAUAGGAGUCUUCCCUAGGCUACAUUCGCACCAUCCCAACACUACCCAGCCUUGUUUCCUGGUCCACCCCAGAAAACUCAAGGAUAAGUUUUUAUUUUCAAGCCUCAAACCUUUCCCUCAUUGCCAGUGUAGUUUCCUGUCCUAGACAGGGGCCACCUGUUGGUCUUCAGGCUUUUAAGACUGCCAAGUGGUGGCACACACCUCUCUGCACACGGGUAACACCACAAACACUUCAGGGGAGACUCUUUAUUCUUAGAAUGGAACCUGGAAUCCUUUUCCUCUUGCCCUGCCUGCCCAAUUUAGCUCUUUACAACAGGAAUUUGGACUUGGCCAAGAGAGGCAAGGAGAUAUUCUGAGCUGAAGAGCCUCUGCUCUGGCGGGAGCCACCUGUCAGAGGGCAGACAGGAAGCAAGAGUGUGUUGGUGUCUCCACCAAAAGGAUCAUCCAGGGACUGCUGCCCUUUGUCCCACAAAGGCCUGGGAAGGAACCUGAGCUGGCAGCAGCAGUAGGGCAGUUAGUGUGAGAAAGAUGACUCCUUGGUCACUGGCAUUGGCUGCUGACCCCGCAGCGCUGCUCAAAACCAUCUGUAACGAUGGUUCCAGAGGAUCUGAUCCCCUCUUCUGGCCUCUUCAGGCACCAAGCACUUAUACACGCGCAAGAAAACACUCAUAACACAUAAAAUAAAACGUCUUUAAAAAAUUAAAAGCUGUUGGAAUUGGACAUGAAAGAAACUGGGUCCUUUCAUCAAAAAGAGGCAGUCUUUACUGGAAAGAGCACCCUGAGGUAAUAAUUAGCAGGUAAAUCCUUUCCCUGAUGGAUCCAGUGUUUUCAAGGGUUAGUCUGGACAUCUCAUGGUGUGGGCUAAUUCUAGGAGUGUCUGUGGAGUUGCAGGAAUGUUCCGGGAUAAGAGGUGACUUUCGAAUGUAAAACUGACUGUGCCUUAGCAUCACCAUGUCCAGUGCCCUUGGGGCAGCUGGUGAUGUCCAGGAGAGUGGAUACCUGCUCCAGAAUUUAGGUGCCUGUUUGGGCUGUUGAUUUGGAGGUGGUCUGCCUUCUCUACAAGUUGGGCACAGCUUGUCUGCGGUUCACACAAACUCAACCCUUACAGCUCCAAGUAGAUUCUAACUGGCAUACUGCAGCUUGCAAGCAUGUGGCACUACUUUGAAUGGGAGUCACACAUUGACAAGAACACCAGGCAAAGCAUGGUGCUGUCCUCCUGGAGAGUACAGACUAGCCCCUCUGAGGCAAGCUUGGGCUCUCCUUCCUUAACCCUCCCCAGGUACAGCUGAGACCCUUCUUGAGUAAGCAUAUGUUCCUUGCUGCUGACCUGGUCUCCAUCUUCAAGAAGCUAGAACUAUCCAGACAGAUUCAUUGUAGAUGCCAAGUUGGAAUUCUGAGCUCAGAUACCUUAACCACAAGAGGCAAAAAUCUGCUUGUGUCCCAGCCCUGUCCGCAGGCCACCCGUCCUCCCUCUGCCCUGAGUCAGCUCUAGCAGGCAAGGCCUGGAUGCCUCCUCGCACUGAGCGGAGCUAGCCACUAAGGACCAUUCUACUUGGAUCACCACUCUCCCUCUGGACUUGAGAUGCCUCUAGCAGGAAAAGGCAUCAGUUGGGUUGGAUGUAUUUAUGUGACUGCGGGCAUUUGUGGCUAUAGAGUCCUUGACCAUAAUGUUAUAUGUAAUGGGAACUAUCUUAUAAACUUGAAAAAAAUAAAAUUUUUAUUUUCUAUACA